AUGGACCAAAGCCUGAAAAACGUGCUGGUGGUUUCCUUCGGGUUCCUGCUGCUGUUCACGGCCUACGGAGGCCUGCAGAACCUGCAGAGCAGCCUCAACAGCCAGGCCGGCCUGGGCGUGGCGGCGCUCAGCACUCUCUACGGGGCCAUCCUCCUCUCCUCCAUGUUCCUGCCCCCUCUGCUCAUCAAGAAAUUCGGCUGCAAGUGGACCAUCACCGGUUCCAUGUGCUGCUACGUGGCCUUCUCCCUGGGCAACUUCUACGCCAGCUGGUACACCCUGAUCCCCACCUCCAUACUGCUGGGGCUGGGAGGCGCCCCACUCUGGUCUUCCCAGUGCACCUACAUCACCAUUUUGGGGAACACACAGGCCAAGAAGUCGGGGAGAGCCAGCAAAGACGUGGUGAACCAGUACUUUGGCAUCUUCUUCCUCAUCUUCCAGUCGUCAGGCGUAUGGGGCAACUUGAUCUCCUCUCUGGUGUUUGGCCAGACUCCCGCUCAAGAGGCCAUUCCAGAGGAGCAGCUCCUGAGUUGCGGGGCCGGUGACUGCCUGAUGGCCAACGUGUCCAGCAACAGCACCCUGCGCCCGUCCCAGGACCUCAUCUACACGCUCGUAGGCAUCUACACAGGAUGUGGUGUGCUGGCUGUCCUGAUGGUAGCAGUGUUUCUAGAACCAGUGCAAGACCCCCAACACAGAAGUGAAGGGGACAAGCAGUCAUCUUUGUGGUCCAACUUACUGGCCACGUUCAGGCUUCUCCGAGACAGACGGCUGCGCCUCCUGGUCCUGCUGCCCACGUACAGCGGGUUCGAGCAGGCCUUCCUGGCUGGCGACUACACGAAGUCCUAUGUUACCUGCGCCCUGGGCAUCCAGUUCGUGGGCUAUGUGAUGAUCUGCUUCGCGGCCACCGAUGCACUGUGCUCGCUGCUGUACGGAAAGCUGUCCCAGUACACCGGGCGCAUCUCCAUCUACAAAGAAAACUCCAUUCCAGACAAGAUCACAUCCCAGCGUAAAGGUGAGGGGGCCAGGCACACAUCUGGGGACAUGGGGCAGCCCACGGCAGGCCCCUCUUCUGAUGGAGCCCCUGCAGCUCUCAGUGGUGAUGACACCCCACCUUUGUGA